GCCGCACGUGAUGACUGGAUGAAAUAAUAAUCGCGAUGAUGGCUGGAAUUAAAACAGCUGCUUGUACUCGUCCUACCCUCCAUGAACAAAACAAAGCACACACCGCCUUGUUAUUGUCCAUCCAUCAGUGACUUCAGAGUGGCAGGUUUGUCCUCCAGUGUCACGUGGUCAAGCUGAGCAUCCUUUGCAGAUCCAGCAGGCUGCGUGGCGUGUCUUCACUAGGUUACGGUAUGGACUAUUACGCUGCUGCUGUUGCUGCUGCUGUUGUCUGUGCUCGCAGCAUCUCUUGCUUGUAGUUUUUCUCCGGCUGGACUGCUCUCUGAAAUCACAGGUUAUGCCACCCCAAAGGCUUCCUGGAUCCCCAACCCUGAAAGAGAAAGGCUGAUCCCUGUCCUUCCCCAGGUUCCUGCAGCUCUGCACCUCAUCUUUCCCGUGUCCCUCUCCUGCUUACCCUCCUCGCCCAACUACACUCACCACACCUGACCCUGUCACCCCCGUCAUCCUUUACCUCUAGGACUUUUUCAUCCUGUCACAUCUCUCCCCCACAAAUCCUCCCCUAAAGCCGCUCCGUCCCUCGUCUCUUAAUUUCAUUCCAGCCACACAAGCCUCCGUCCCUGCAGGCCCCCUGUCCGCGUCACAGAGCUAUUCUUCACCUACUGGCUGCACGCCGGGCCCCAUGGCUACAGGAGGUCAUGCCCCAGAGAUAGAUGUGUUGAUCAACUUACAAGAGGUGAAGGUGGAGGAAGAAGAUGAGGAAGGGUCGGUAGAGGAACAUGAUGAAGAAGAGGAGGAGGACGACGACGAGAACUGGGAAAAAGCACUGUCUGUGGAGCGCUUUGGAGACAUCAUCAGCGACUCGGCUUUCGCUAGCAGUGACAGGAUGGGCCGACACUACACGGAGAAAGACUUUGAAAAUCACCGUCACACGUUUCAUCACACCCAUCACCCGUUAUCCACCCACCUGCCCCUGUCCCAGCGUCUACGGAAGAGGGUGCACAGCUCGGACAGACGGCGAAAAAAGAAACGGAAGAAAAAAAAGACCUCCCUGCCCCCCUCUGAUGUCACACCCACCAUCCACGAGGUAGACGAGGAAGAGGCGGAGUCUGAGACUGAUCGACAGGUGGCAGCUGCUCCUAGCGCGGAGACACCUGGGAUCCAACCGCAGUUUAGUUUGGGGAGCCAAGAAGACUUGGAGGAACCCCUCCCACUCCCUGCCUUCCACCUGGAGAAUGAAGACCAUGCAAUCGCAAAGGGAGAAACACCAGCUCUGAUACAUAGAGAGGCUUGUAAUGGGGAUAUUGCUGUUCACGGGCAGGGUGAGGAGGUGGAUGGAGAGGAAGCAGCCUGCAGCAGUGCUACCGAAGAAUCUGACCCUUCAAGUUCGACCUCACCCCGCGGCUGGUUCCGCAAGAAGCCCGUCCACCAUCGGCCAGCAGCCGCCCAGCGGAGCAACUAUGACCUGCGGGAGCGAAUCUGCAUUGGCAGCAUGACUGCUCAUGAGACGGCCGUCUACCAACAGGUGCCCACUGAUGAGGCCGAGGCCCAGAUGUUGGCCAGCGCUGAUCUGGAUGACAUGAAAAGUCACAGAUUUGAGGACAACCCCGGGGUGAGGCGCCACCUGGUGAAGAAGUCGUCCCGGUGUCAGAUGAACCGGAGCAGCAACAGCUCAACACCUCUGAGCAGCCUGAAGAAAAAGAAGAGAUCAUCAGAUAAGAAGACUCAUGAGUUGUUUGUGGAGCUGAACGAGCUGAUUGUGGAGAAGGACCAUGAAAUGCGUUGGAAGGAGCGUGCUCGCUGGAUCAAGUUUGAAGAGGAUGUGGAGGAGGAGACGGACCGCUGGGGAAAACCUCAUGUGGCCUCGCUCUCUUUUCGCAGCUUGCUGGAGCUCCGGCGCACCAUCACACAUGGUGCGGUCCUUCUGGACCUGGAGCAGAACUCUCUGCCCGGCAUCGCCCAUCUGGUGGUCGAGACGAUGAUCAUCUCUGAUCAGAUCAGAGCUGAGGACAGAGCCAGUGUUCUCCGAGCUCUGCUCCUCAAACACAGCCAUCCAAGCGAUCUGAAGCAUCGUUUUCAUCGCCAUCACUCAACCAGCAGUCUCGGUCACAACAGCUUCAAUCAGAACCAUGUCCAGGACACCAACCUGCCGCUGGUUGCGGAAGAGCACGAGGAGCACCAGGAUGGCAAAGGAGCUGUAUAUGACCCAAAACAAGACGUGUUUGUCAGCCUGUUUAAAUCCCUCCACCCUCUGCCUCCUGAGAGCCAUCCGGCUGCAGCCAGAUCCAUGAAACUGCUCGCCAAGAUUCCCAAAGAUGCUGAAGCUGUCAUUGUUUUAGUUGGCUGUGUUGAGUUUCUGGAGCAGCCGGCCAUGGCCUUCGUCAGGCUGAAUGAAGCCGUCCUUCUGGAGUCGGUCCUGGAGGUCCCCGUCCCUGUUCGCUUUCUUUUCGUACUGCUCGGUCCCAGUCAGUCCAACAUGGACUAUCACGAGAUCGGUCGCUCCUUCUCUACUUUAAUGUCUGACAAGAGUUUCCACGAGGUGGCCUACUUCGCUGACGACAGACAGGACCUCCUGAACGGUAUCAAUGAGUUCUUGGACUGCAGCAUCGUCAUUCCACCCUCGGACGUGGAGGGCAAAGACCUCCUGAAGACGGUGGCUGAUUUCCAGAAGCAGAUGCUGCGCAAGAGGAAAGAGAGAGAACUCAAGAAGCAACAAUCCACAGCUGGCAUCGAGCUGAACAACAAAGAGGUGAGUCCAGAAGAGGAGGAGGAGGGAGACCAGGAGGUGGACCCUUUGAAGCGCUCAGGGAUCCCUUUCGGAGGCCUGAUCCACGACAUCCGUCACCGCUAUCCUCAGUAUGUCAGCGACCUUAAAGAUGCUAUGGACAUGCAGUGCGUCGCCGCCGUCAUCUUCAUCUACUUUGCUGCACUGUCGCCGACAAUUACCUUUGGAGGCCUGCUGGGAGAGAAAACAGAAGGCAUGAUGGGAGUCACAGAGCUCAUUGUGUCCACUGCUGCCCUUGGAGUUAUUUUCUCGCUGCUCGGUGGUCAGCCUCUCCUCAUCAUCGGCUUCUCAGGACCUUUGUUGGUGUUUGAAGAAGCGUAUUACAAGUUCUGUCAGGCUCAUGAAUUUGAGUACCUGACUGGUCGGGUGUGGAUCGGUUUCUGGCUCAUCUUCAUCGUCCUGGUGCUUGUAGCGGCAGAGGGAAGCUUCAUGGUCCGCUACAUCUCACCCUUCACCCAGGAGAUCUUUGCUUUCCUCAUCUCCCUUAUCUUCAUAUAUGAGACUUUUUCAAAGCUCAUCAAGGUGUUUCAGGAACAUCCACUGAUGGCCAUAUAUCCCACUGACUCUACUCCAGCCACUGGGCUCAGAGACUAUGAAGGCCCUGUCUUCAACCAGCCCAACACUGCUCUCCUGUCUCUGGUCCUCAUGAUGGGAACUUUCUUUAUUGCUUUCUUCCUCAGGAAAUUUAGAAACAGUCGGUUUUUAGGAGGCAAGGUCAGGAGAAUCAUCGGUGACUUUGGCAUCCCCAUCUCAAUUCUUCUGUCAGUAUUUUUGGAUUAUGCCAUCACGGAUACUUACACACAGAAACUCAACGUGCCAUCAGGCUUCUCCGUCACCUCUCCUGAUAAGCGCGGUUGGUUCAUCAGUCCCUUCGGGGACAAGCAGCCGUUUCCCACCUGGAUGAUGGGAGCGUCUGUUGUACCUGCACUUCUUGUCUUCAUCCUCAUUUUCAUGGAGACUCAGAUCACUUCACUCAUAGUCAGUAAGAAGGAGCGCCGGCUGGUCAAAGGCUCAGGCUUCCACCUGGAUCUUCUUCUCAUCGUCAUCCUCGGUGCCAUCUGUCCUCUGUUCGGCCUGCCGUGGCUCACCGCCGCCACCGUGCGCUCCGUCACCCACGUCAACGCCCUCACCGUCAUGAGCAAAGCCACGGCGCCUGGAGAGAAGCCUAUGAUACAGGAAGUGAAAGAGCAGAGGCUGACCGGGCUCCUCGUGGCCGUUCUUGUUGGUAUGUCCAUAGUGAUGACAGACUGGCUCGGCCUCAUCCCUCUGGCUGUGCUCUUCGGGAUCUUCCUGUACAUGGGGGUCACCUCUCUGACGGGCAUCCAACUGUACGAACGCAUCACACUUAUGGUCACACCCGCCAAACAUCACCCCGACCACAUCUACGUCACUAAGGUGAAGACAUGGCGUAUGAACAUGUUCACCCUGUUUCAGCUGGGAUGCAUUGUGGCUCUGUGGGUAGUGAAAUCCACUGAGGCCUCCCUGGCGUUCCCCUUCGUCCUCAUCAUGACGGUGCCGCUGCGUCGCCUCAUCCUCUCCAGGAUUUUUGAGGAACGUGAGCUGCAGGCGCUGGAUUGCGACGAGGACUCUCCUAACUUUGAUGAAGAUGGACGAGACGAGUACAACGAGAUCCACAUGCUUGUCUAAGUUUUAAAUUGGACCUUGCCAAUUGGACGUCCUCCUUCAUCGUACGGCUCUGAUCAGUCAGAGCGAGCCUCUUUGCAGCGUUUCUCUGCAGAGUGGGAGGAGCUCCUGAAACAGUGUUUAUAAAAGAAUCUGGAUGUAUAUCUGGAUGAUCACCUUUUACCCUCAUUUAGUCCAGGUUUUUUUAAAAGAGCACACCUGAUGUUAGAUCCCUGUGUGUUGUGUUUUACCCCCCUGAAGAUCUCAUUGUGUCAGAGGCCAUAAAAAAAAAACCUGAGGACGAUGCAACUAUAGCAGAAUAAGCUUACCCCAUAUGAACAUUUUUACCAUCCUUUAUCCCAAAUAUCCCUUUAAUUACUCUGCAGGUUGUGGGCGAAAGUGCAAUGUUGAUGAGGACCUUUAUGACUACAGGAAGCGGAAUAAUUUAACCAUUGUUCUUGCCUGAAGGUGGGAUCCAGGGUCGAUUAGCUCAUAUUUUAAGCAGAUUUUCUUCAAAAGUCAAAAUAUUUCUGUCUAAUUGACCCUAAAUCUCAAAGCCCUGAAUUCUACUGCCUCUGUAAGUCAGCUGCCUGAUUUCCUUUGUACCACUGCCGUUGCAAUGAUGUGCAAACAAGGAGUUAAAUUGUCCUUUUCCUUUCUGUACAGACUUCUUGUAAUGAGCACUUUGACUGGGCAAAAGUUCACUUUUGCCGCUGCCAACCGAGCUCCCUGGCACAAAGCCUCCUCCCUGAAUGUAGUCUCCCCUUGAAGCCAAAAUCCCUCCAGAGACUGUGCAAGCCUCUUCAUGGGGUGUUACUGUACUUUGUUAGGUGUUUAAUGCCCAACAUACCAGUACUCUUACCCUCUCAUUGUUACCUUGGAUGUAUACUGUAAGUAAAUAGCUGACAUGGUCUAAACCUUAUUUUUCUACUUUGUUGUACCUAUUUAUUUUGUGACCUUUGGACUUAAUACCAGAAUCUUAGUGGUGUUUAGACUCCAAAUACUUCUAGCUAUACAAGUAUAAAAUAAAAGAACAUUGUGUAGGUUGAGACAUUCAAACAAAAAAUGUCAUUAUUCACCCCUUCUUUCAUCUCUCUGCACUAUUUCCAUAGCGUGGUGCAUUUUUCACACGUGUCAUGAAUAAUAUAAUAACACACUGGAGUGGAAAAGCAUAGAAACUAAGCAAACACACAAGCACUGAAAACGCUGGGGAACAGUUGAGUGUUGGCAGGAUGUAUGAAUGAUGCAUUGUACAGUACCACUGUGAGCUUGGAAUUAUAAUGUACCAUCUGUGUUCAGAGUUGUUUUGAAAUGCCCAGAGAUUUAGUUUUCACCUCCUAUAUUUUCGAGCCCACUAUAGAAUUUUAAUUACCAUUCAGCUGUGACACUUUUCAGAAACACUACUUCUGCUGCACAAAAACACCAGUUGUCAGUUACUGUACAGAGGAAUUACACAUAAUUUGACUGGAGGCCUGUGUUGUGUAUAGUUCUGUGGAAGGCCUGUGGAUUGGAUUCUUAGACUAACACGCCACCAGGAGCGUAAAUAAGGAGCAGACAUAGCCUCUUAGUUCCAAGAGUGAUAGAAGUGAAGAAAGUGCCUUAAACCUGCGUUCUGUUUAAUAGCCAGCAGGGGGCGACUCUGAGUCUAGGUGCAUAGAAGCAGAUGAAAAAAGGAGCGUACUUCAGGUUUGAUUUAUCACCUCACUAGAAAAUGUCCUGCUGAGUUAUUGGUCUGCCUCGCUAGGACUGACAGUAUGACUUUAUAUUCAUAAAUUGUUGUAAAAUCCGAUCUAGUGUAGAGUAGUACAGCUUGAUACCACAGGAUAGAGAUGUCCAAACUAUUCAUGACCUCACGACCACCUCUGGUUUUAAAACAACAAGAUUGCAACAGGCAAGGUGCCGAAUUUAAAGCUUCAAAGAGGGGUGGGGAGGAGUGACAUCAUAGCGGCUGUGUGCAUCUCUUUUAUACAGUUUAUGGUCGACCCAAGAGGAAAGCCAGAAAGCACAAAAUCAAUGAGGAAAGGUGUUAAAGAUCUACUCUGACAACUCUGGGACAUGGUGUGUCAGCUUUCUCAAACAAGAUAAAAAGGACAGAAAUAGCAGAUUGAAGAGGAGGCACUUGGACUUGAUGCUCUGAAGUGAAAUGAUUGCUCAUCUUUUUGAGCUCUGAUCAAGUUCAAGGGUGAUGGAGGAACAUUUAGAUUUUAACUAUUUUUUAUGCUUCUGCAAAAAUCUGAAUAUUUUUUCUUCUAUCCUACAGAAUUGUAUUUCUUUCUGUUCAACUUUUCACUGUAUCUGCAAAGAAAUAUAUGUUGGAAUCAGUCAAAUACACAGUGUUACAGCUGAGAAGUUUUGUAAAUAGUUGUAAAAAUGACAAAAAAAACUCAUAUAUUCAUAGUUAUUUUGUAAUUACCUGAUGAGUAUGAAUACUUCUGCAAAAACAAUCAACUGAAGAAAGCGCUAAAAAGGAAAGGACUCGUGAAAUGAAAAACAUUUAAAAUCAGAACAUCCUCGUAAUGAUCCGCAGUGUAGCAGUGUUUUUCUACUCAGACCACACAGAUUAGUAUAUCUCAUUUUACAUGACCAUGCCCUACAUUACGAGCCAUGCAGGAAUUCUGUCUCAGGGGAAACUGACCUUUGAUCUGUAAAUAUUGCUUCCCAGCCUUUCAGUUUGUUGUCUCCUUUGUGUACAUAAAGCGGUCAAGGCAAUCCAACACUUGCGAUGUAAAAAUAUAUGGCUUACAGUUCAGGCUUUUGUGUCAGACAAAGGAAAAAAGGAGGUCAAGUGAAGAGAAUGAUGUGUUUACUGGAGUGCAGUCACAUGGAAUUCAAACUGUAAAUUAAAACCUUUAUUUUCCCUCCAUUGUUGUCUGUAAGCCUACAUUUGAAGAUAUACUUUGAUGUGAAGCAUGCACCUGCUGCGGUCUGUAUUUAAUUCUGCAGCUCCUCAAGUUAAUGAGUGACUGAAUGUGCUUUUCAUUAGCACUGUAGAGCAGUUUCAUAGAAAAUCAGCUGCACCAUUAAUGGACCUUUUCAACCACGUGUUUAUGUUUCAGGGUUCACAAAGACUUGAAUGACAAACUUUGGGCAAAGAUAUGUUUCUCUAUUAUACUUGGUCACACUGUGUUCAUGACAUGAAUGAAUGUAAAUGUUCAGUUUGUGUAUUUUCCGGCACAUGUUUUGCUUGACACGUUAAGCUAAGCUGAGUCCAACAUAUGGAGCUCCAUUAAGGACAAAAGCCACUGAGUGAUAGCUGAAUGUUGACGGUUUAAGCACACAGACAGAUUAUGUGUUAGAUGUAUGCACACAGUUGUAACCAAACUCUCUGAAAUACUAAUUUUGAGCCAACCUUUAACCCUGACAGAUAACUUAAAAAAAACAAGGAAAUGUUCAUCUAACUUUAUUGUAUCUUCAUUGUAUUUAUUUUAAAUAAUAUGUCACAGAGUGUCCCUGCAGGAAUGUCUGAAAUGAUUGUCUUUGUCAUAGAGAUUUCUUCCCUUUUCAAGGAAUUAAAUUAUAGUCUGAACAAUGA